AUGGCGUCGACCUCCAAGUCGUCGGCCAAGAUGUCCCAGUACUUCUCUAGGCUGAACCCCGUCCCAACCUUUCCCGAAUACACAGGCCCGUACAAAGUCGGAACCGUCGACGUUGAGAUUCCCGUUGACGAUCUCUCCUCCCCGAGCGUACCCCCCGACAACGCUGCCGACAUCUCGACCAUCCAGUUCCGUGUCUUCUACCCAGCCGUUGACGAGUCGUGCGAAAAGCGUAUAUGGUGGCUUCCGAACCCCCAGAGACACCAUGUGUCGGCGUACACUAGGUUUGUCGGCGUUGGAAACACAUUGGCUGAGGUUCUUUCUUUCUUCCCUCGCCAUCUCAACUACACGUCGAUUCCGGCCCAUAAGAACGCGACGAUGCGAGAACCAAACACUGAGAACCAGCGCUGGCCUACCAUGAUUUUCUCCCAUGGCCUGGGAGGCUCGCGCAAUUCAUACUCAUACAUUGCCGGCUCGCUAGCGUCGCACGGCGUCGUCGUCGUAUGCCCCGAGCACCGCGACGGCAGCGCUGUCACAUCCUUCAUCCGCACUCCCGGGAAGGACGUCUCGUCAUGGCGCUCUUCUGUUGGGCCGCGUCGUAUUGUAUCCUACACGAAGAUCUCGCAUGAUUUCUCCCCCGAUAUUUACGAGGCACGCGAAGCUCAGCUGCGCAUCAGGCUCUGGGAGAUGGGACUUGUGCACGAAGCUGUCCAGGCCAUGGACCGUGGCACCGAGUUCCGCAACCUCAACGUGACCACCCCCAGCCUUGGCCAGUUUGCUAGCCGUUUGAAUGUCCACGAGCCCGGGAGCAUCAUAUUUGCCGGUCAUAGCUUCGGCGCCGCCACCAUAAACCAGUUCCUCAAAAGCACGUACUAUGCCGACGAUGCCGACGUAGCCAACAUGGAGAAACCGCUUUUCGUUCCCGCCGAGGGAUCCGAGAUUCGUAGGCAGAUCACCGCCAGGACGGUGACCAUGCUUCUGGACAUGUGGUGCAUGCCCCUCAUGGCGCCUAACUCGAAGCCCCUGUUCAACCUGCCGCUGCCCGCCUACGACGACGUGCCCUCGGCGGCCGGUGGUACCGCGCUGCUGCUGGUGGAGUCCGAAUCUUUCUACAAGUGGUCCGACCACCUCCAGCUGUCGGCGCGGCUGCUCUCGCCCGACCCGAGCGCCGAGCGGGUACUCCCCAUGGUGUACGAGCGCCCCAGUGGCGUCAAGCAGGCCGAGCCCAACUUCUUCUACGUCCUGCAGCUCCUGCGCGUCAACGGCAUCCCUGUCGCCCGCACCUACGCCGGUGACCUCGUCGACGGUACCCACUUCGAUAAGCUCGAGCUGUCGAAGAAAGAAGAGGAAAAUACCCACGCCGUUGACGGCCUCGACGAUGACGAAGCCAUCUUUGAUCGCAGCGGCAGCAACAUUGUCGACCACUGGCACUGGAUCAACACCAUCGGCCUCGGUCAGCCCACUGACGAGGAGGGCAAUAACAAAGGCAAGUCGGUCGUCGAGGGCGCCGAAGACACGGAGUGGGAGAUCAAGGGGGAGCUUGGGCCCAGCGACGAUGCUGCGCAGACUACCUGUGAGGGUCACAUUGCCAAAUCUGUCUCUCCCGCUUCCCGGACUAUCCAGUCAGUAGCCCAGACAGUUUGA